AUGGAUUCCACCACCGAGCCGGAGAAGCCCCAGCAGUCGCUUGUAGAUGCUGGCGCCGCGGACAAGGAGCGCCCCGCGGCGGAAAUUAACGACGAUGACAUUGACGACCUGUUCGAAGAUCACGACGACAAUGACGAAGAUGACAAAGUGCCCGGAUUGAUAUCCCAGCCAAAGUCGUCACAUCCGCACAAGCCGUCAGCCAACACCAGCGCCUCCAUCGACGACCAGGUAGCCUCUCUCGCAAGACAUGCUGGCAAGAUUCGCCUCACGGGGCGCAUGACGGGCGCCUCAGGAGGCAAUGCAAGAGACAAGGACAAGGCAGAUCGCGCCACAACCGAACAGGUACUGGACCGGAGAACGCAGAUGAUUUUGCUCCAACUUAUCAACCGCGGCGUAAUAUCCGAAAUUCAUGGCGUGAUUUCAACCGGCAAAGAGGCCAACGUUUACCAUGCCAUGACCGAGCCAUCCGACGCCGACGCCGACCCUAUCCACCGCGCUGUCAAGGUCUAUAAGACGUCUAUUCUUGUCUUCAAAGACCGCGCCAAGUAUGUCGAAGGCGAGUUUAGGUUUAGACAAGGCUACAACAAGAGCAACAACCGUGCCAUGGUGCGCAUGUGGGCCGACAAGGAGCGCAGAAACUUGGCUAGGAUACACGACGCGGGCAUUCCUUCGCCACAGGCACAUGCACUGCGCAACCAUGUUCUUGUCAUGGGCUUUGUAGGUGACCGAAAAGGCAAGGCUGCCCCGCGACUCAAGGACGUGCGCUUCGAGGGCUUGACCUCCGAGGAAGAGGACGCCAAGUGGACAGACUUGUACCUUGAGAUGCUGGCAUACAUGCGCAUAAUGUAUCAGACAUGCCGUCUUGUCCACGCCGACUUGAGCGAAUACAACGUUCUAUACCACGAAGGAAAGCAAUGGAUCAUAGAUGUGUCGCAAGCCGUUGAGCACGACCAUCCCCGCUCCCUCGAGUUCCUGCGCAUGGACGUCAAGAAUGUCUCGGACUUCUUCCGCUCUCGGAAUGUAGAGGUUCUCAGUGAGCGCAAGGCCUAUGCUUUCAUCACAAGUGCGAUGGGGCCGAAGGAUGUGAAGGAGCAGCAACAAAUCCAAGACCUGAUUCGCACUUUGUUGAACAAGGAACCCCUAACCGAGGAGCAGAAGAAGAAGGAAGAGGAAGACGACGAUGUUUUCCGCAACCAGUACAUCCCCCAGACGCUCGACCAAGUCUACGAUAUUGAACGUGAUGCCGAACUCGUCAAUGCCGGUGGCGGCUCCGAUCUCCCAUACCAAGCUCUUCUUGCCGACAAGGUUGUCAACAAUGAGUCUGAUGCCUCGAAUCCAGAUGCCGAUUCCGGUGAUGAUAGUUCAGAUACCUCUGAGGUUGACCAGAGCAUAUUUGACAAAGGCCCAAGCCGUGGAAAGAAGCACAUUGACCAUGACGAGAAGGUAGCACAUAAGAAGGCCAUCAAGGAAGAGAAGCGUGAGAAACGCAAGGAGAAGAUGCCGAAACACAUGAAGAAGAAGUUGACUAGUCAGACCGGUCGAAAGAAGUGA